AUGAGAGGUCGGGGCAGGGGCCCUUCUGGUGGACGGGGGGGCUAUCCGUCAGAAGGGGAAGGCCGAGGUCAGGGAGGCCGUUUUGGCGCGAGAGGCCGUGGGGGCGGCGGAGGAGGUCGAGGAGGAGGCGGUCGCGGGCCGCCUGCAUACGAGCCGCACCUGCCGGCGCCGCAGCCUGCCUACUACGAGGCGCCUGCUGCGCCGUACGCUUCUCCAGCACCGUAUGCCGCGGGACCCCCGGCUCCUGCUGCUCCUCGCCCAGUGGCGGCGCCGUCCGUCCCACCGCCUGCACCCGUUCCUCUGCCACCCACCGCAGCGCCGUCCACCGAGGCAGUCGUCGCGCAGCUCACUGGACUCGCGCUGUCUCGCCCCUCCGGCCUCACCUCUCCGUUCCCGCGACGCCCUGACCGAGGGGGCACUGUCGGGCAGAUUAUGAAGAUCCGUGUGAACCAUUUUCCGCUUCAGAUUGCGGACCUCGUCAUUUUUCACUACGAUGUUGUUAUCUCCCCUGAUAUUGCGAUCAAGCGGAUUAAUCGGGAGGUGAUUCGCGAGUUGUCGCGCGUGUAUCAUUCGUCGCAUCUGGGCAAUCGUCUGCUGGCCUUCGACGGCGUCAAAAACGUGUACACGGCCGCGCCACUACCGUUCGAGGCGCAGGAGUUUCAGGUGUCUCUGCCCGACGACCGUCCAGCCCCGGCGGCAGGGGAAGCUCAGUCGCGUCGGCCGCGCGACCGGUCGUUCAAGGUGGUGCUGCGGCUGGCGGCGAGCGCGAGCGUGUCGCAGCUGAUGGAGUUCCUGGCGGGGCGGCAGACGGAGGUGCCGCAGGAGGUGCUGCAGGCCAUAGACAUCGUGCUGCGGGAGCAGCCCACGCGCAUGUACGUGCCAGUGGCGCGGUCGUUCUUCAGCCCGGACCUGGGUCCGCGCGCGCCCAUUGGCAACGGUGUGGAGGCGUGGAAGGGCUUUUAUCAGAGCGUGCGCCCCACGCAGAUGGGGCUUACUCUCAACAUCGACAUGGCAGCGACGGCGUUCCUGGAGCCACUGAUGCUGCCUGACUUCGUGAUGCGCCUGCUCAACCGCCACUCGCUGCAGCAGCCGCUCUCCGACUUCGAGCGUGUCGCGCUGCGCAAGGGGCUGAGGGGCGUGCGCAUAGAGGUGACGCAUCGGGGGCAGAUGAGGCGAAAGUACAAGCUCACGGGGCUCACCACACAGCCACUGCACGCCCUCACGUUCCCCCUGACGACCCCCGAGGGGGAGACGCAGGUGGUGACGGUGGAGGCGUACUUCCGCCAGCACUACAACCUCGCCCUGCAGCUGCGCAACAUGCCCUGCGCCACCACCGGCCAGGGCGACCGCCUCAACUACCUCCCGCUCGAGGUGUGUCGCAUAGUGGAGGGCCAGAGGUACAAUAAGAAACUCAACGAGGUGCAGACGAGCCAGAUCCUUGUGCACGCCGCCCGCAAGCCGUUUGAGAGGGAGAGAGAGAUCAACCAGACGGUGCGGCACAACGCGUAUGAGCGCGACCCCUUUGCGGCAGAGUUUGGCAUCCGUGUGGCGCCCCAGAUGGCCACCGUCAACGCUCGUGUGCUGCCCACGCCCACGCUCAAGUACUCAGACUCGGGUGGAGAGCGCACCGUGGUGCCGCAAGUGGGCGCCUGGAACAUGAUGAACAAGCGAGUGUUAACGGGGGCGGUGGUGAGGCGCUGGGCUCUGGUGAACCUGAGUCGUCUGCCGCGCCCGGCAGCGGAGCAGUUUGGCCGAGACCUCGCGCAUAUGUGCAACGUCACCGGCCUCCAAAUGGAGCAGCGCAUGUGUGUGCCGAUGGCGGCGGGCCAUCCGGGGCAGAUGGAGGCGAUUCUGCGCAACCUGGCACGGCAGCUGACCCCUGCGCAGCGCCCCAUGCCCGAUGUGGACAUCGUGGUGUGCAUCCUCAACGAGGGCAACGGGCCCCUCUAUGGCAAUCUGAAGCGGCUGUGUGAGACGGAGCUUGGCAUUGUCACGCAGUGCUGCCUUGCAACGAAGCUGGGAAAGGGAAAGCAGUAUCUGGCUAAUGUGGCGUUGAAGAUCAACGCCAAGGUGGGGGGGCGCAACACGGCGCUGGUGGACUCGAUACAGCGGCAGAUCCCGCUCAUCUGCCAGGAGUACACCAUUCUCUUUGGUGCUGAUGUCACACACCCCGCGCCAGGCGAGGACAACAGCCCAUCCAUUGCUGCUGUGGUGGCGUCCAUGGACUGGCCCGAGAUGGCGCGCUACCGGGCGCUCGUCAGUGCGCAGGCGCACCGUGUGGAGAUCAUCCAGAACCUCUACACGUGCACGCAGGACGCCAAUGGCAUGCCGCAGCAUGGCGGCAUGGUCAGGGAGCUGCUGAUCAGUUUCUACCGCUCCACUGGCCACAAGCCCCAGCGCGUCGUCAUGUACAGGGAUGGAGUGAGCGACGGGCAGUUUGCCGCAGUCAAAGAAUACGAGGUGGCGGCUAUCAAGCAGGCGUGUGCAUCGCUGGAGGAGAGCUACAAUCCGCUGGUGACAUUUGCAGUGGUGCAGAAGCGCCACCACACGCGCUUCUUCCCGUUUGACUCGCGCAACCGCAGCACCACGGACCGCAGCGGCAACGCCCUGCCUGGCACCGUGAUCGACACAGGCAUCUGCCACCCCACCGAGUUUGACUUCUACCUGCUCAGCCACUCCGGCAUCCAGGGCACGAGCCGCCCCACGCACUACCACGUGGUGCAUGACGAGAACGGCUUUGACUCCAACACGCUGCAGCGCAUGACCUACUCCAUGGCCUACACCCAUCACCCAUGCAUCUCCACCCAUGCAUCUCCACCCAUGCAUCUCCACCCAUGCGUCUCCACCCAUGCGUCUCCACCCAUGCGUCUCCACCCAUGCGUCUCCACCCAUGCGUCUCCACCCAUGCAUCUCCACCCAUGCAUCUCCACCCAUGCAUCUCCACCCAUGCAUCUCCACCCAUGCAUCUCCACCCAUGCAUCUCCACCCAUGCAUCUCCACCCAUGCAUCUCCACCCAUGCAUCUCCACCCAUGCAUCUCCACCCAUGCAUCUCCACCCAUGCAUCUCCACCCAUGCAUCUCCACCCAUGCGUCUCCACCCAUGCGUCUCCACCCAUGCGUCUCCACCCAUGCGUCUCCACCCAUGCGUCUCCACCCAUGCAUCUCCACCCAUGCAUCUCCACCCAUGCGUCUCCACCCAUGCGUCUCCACCCAUGCGUCUCCACCCAUGCGUCUCCACCCAUGCAUCUCCACCCAUGCAUCUCCACCCAUGCAUCUCCACCCAUGCGUCUCCACCCAUGCGUCUCCACCCAUGCGUCUCCACCCAUGCGUCUCCACCCAUGCAUCUCCACCCAUGCAUCUCCACCCAUGCAUCUCCACCCAUGCAUCUCCACCCAUGCAUCUCCACCCAUGCAUCUCCACCCAUGCAUCUUCACCCAUGCAUCUCCACCCAUGCAUCUCCACCCAUGCAUCUCCACCCAUGCAUCUCCACCCAUGCAUCUCCACCCAUGCAUCUCCACCCAUGCAUCUCCACCCAUGCAUCUCCACCCAUGCGUCUCCACCCAUGCGUCUCCACCCAUGCGUCUCCACCCAUGCAUCUCCACCCAUGCGUCUCCACCCAUGCAUCUCCACCCAUGCAUCUCCACCCAUGCAUCUCCACCCAUGCAUCUCCACCCAUGCAUCUCCACCCAUGCAUCUCCGCCCAUGCAUCUCCGCCCAUGCAUCUCCACCCAUGCAUCUCCACCCAUGCAUCUCCACCCAUGCAUCUCCACCCAUGCAUCUCCACCCAUGCAUCUCCACCCAUGCAUCUCCACCCAUGCAUCUCCACCCAUGCAUCUCCACCCAUGCGUCUCCACCCAUGCGUCUCCACCCAUGCGUCUCCACCCAUGCGUCUCCACCCAUGCGUCUCCACCCAUGCGUCUCCACCCAUGCGUCUCCACCCAUGCGUCUCCACCCAUGCGUCUCCACCCAUGCGUCUCCACCCAUGCGUCUCCACCCAUGCGUCUCCACCCAUGCGUCUCCACCCAUGCGUCUCCACCCAUGCGUCUCCACCCAUGCGUCUCCACCCAUGCGUCUCCACCCAUGCGUCUCCACCCAUGCAUCUCCACCCAUGCAUCUCCACCCAUGCAUCUCCACCCAUGCGUCUCCACCCAUGCGUCUCCACCCAUGCGUCUCCACCCAUGCGUCUCCACCCAUGCGUCUCCACCCAUGCGUCUCCACCCAUGCGUCUCCACCCAUGCGUCUCCACCCAUGCAUCUCCACCCAUGCAUCUCCACCCAUGCAUCUCCACCCAUUCAUCUCCACCCAUGCGUCUCCACCCAUGCGUCUCCACCCACGCAUCUCCACCCAUGCAUCUCCACCCAUGCAUCUCCACCCAUGCAUCUCCACCCAUGCAUCUCCAACCAUGCAUCUCCACCCAUGCAUCUUCACCCAUCCAUCUCCACCCAUGCAUCUCCACCCAUGCAUCUCCACCCAUGCAUCUCCACCCAUGCAUCUCCACCCAUGCAUCUAUUGGCACAUCAUAGAACUCGUCGUUUCUCUGCCGUCUAUCCCACCGUGUCCCCAUUGGCAGUGCCGCCGGCGUACUACGCGCACAUAGUGGCGUUCCGAGCGCGCUUCUACAUGGACCCCGACCAGUUCUCUGACUCGGGCUCGCAGUCCACCGCCUUUGAGCACGCACCUGCUGCCCCCGCGCCCUCCACCGCCACGGGCACGUCUGCCACCACGGGGGAGAGCUCCGGCAGCCGCAGCAGCCGCAGCGCUGGCGAAGUGGUGGUGCGCCCGCUGCCACCCCUGCAGGGCCGCGUCAGGGAGCACAUGUUCUUCUGCUGA